CAUAUUUGUUUAUUUGUUGUUGUUAUCCGCGAUGGUUUUCCUGGCUUCCUCGUGUCCUUCUGUAUCUGUCUGUGUUGCUGUGGUGGUGUAUUAACGUCUGUGUGGCUGUGGAGGGCUGUGCAUAUAUGUGGUGACGUCAGCGGCUUGUAUGUCUGUAAGUCUUCAUGGCGUCUCCGGAAGAGCUGGCCGCCGAGGGUCGUGGAUUUGAUUUCUUCUGGAUUAUUGUCGCCAUCACUGUCUGUCUGUUCCUGAUGGCGUGUCGGUGCCGUCUGGAUUUCAGGGUGAACGUAUCGUGAGGGGUUGUUGCCCUGUGGUGUCUCUUGUGUGGGAGAAGGACUCCUCAGCUGCUCGGUCUGUCACUGAGGUGUUGACCCGAGGCUUGGUAUGCACGACAUGGAUCAAAACCGAGAUGCAAUCCGACUGAACUCUGUGCGGAGGAUUGACCCUCAUGUGGUGCAGAUCGUUGACAGCGCCAACCGCACAGCCUUGUAUUCCUACGAGCAGGGGGGCGAGUCCUGGGCAAAGACUGAUGUUGAGGGCACACUAAUGGUGUACUCAAGGGUUGCACCACCCCACCACAUGGUCACAAUCAUCAAUAGGCUGAACAAAUCAAAUUUCAUAGAGCCGCUCUCUGGCUCCUGCGAUUUACAGGUCAAGCCUCCGUACCUCCUCUUUCGUAAUGGAAAGGGCGUCAUCUAUGGAAUUUGGUUCUCGGAUGGGGAUGAUGUGCAACGUAUCGCGACUGCUAUUGAGGAUCACAUGAGACCGAACCUUAUUAAGCCAGCACCACAGCCAGCCCCCAACAUCCUGGCAGACCCAGCCGUAGCAGUAGCCGGGGCCCCUGGCGGUGACAUCAUGAGCAUGCUGUCCAGGGCACACGGGGAGUUUGAAAGCAAGCGCCAGGAACCCCGCAGCAUCACCAACACAUCCACAAGCACCAACAGUGACAUAGUGAAGCCGGCGCCCCUGCGGGUGCAGGCCGGGGAGCAGAAUACUGUAGCAGAUUUCUUUGCCAAGGUGUCUGUGGCCCAAGCUGGAGGGGGAAUAGCUGGCCUUGGAGGUGCUGGCCUACACUCACCCUCUGGAUCUGCUGCACCACCGGCUACAUCUGCCGGUGCAUCUUCCCCCGGUACCAAUCCAGUGCUGCAGAAGCUGUUUCAGGGUGCAGCAGCAGUGGGUGGCCAGGCCAUGGUGCAGCUGCCAGCUGGAAGUGCUGUGCAGGGUCAGCCAGGUGUUGGGGCCACCAAUCCAGUGCCCAUCCCUGGUGCUGGGCCCCAGAGUCAUGCUUCCUCCCUCUCCUCCAGUGUGCCUGCUGGUGCGCCCAUCUCCUUACAAGAACUGGAGGGCCGCUUUAAGGACAACCUCAAGAUGUCUAGCCAGAACAGGGAAGAGGAGGCCUCUCCAGCAGUGCAACAACAGCAGCAGCAAAAGCAGCCCUACGCCCCACAGCUUCCUCAGUCAGAGCCUCCGCUGCUCUCCCCACAAGUGUUCACCACUUCUCGUACCUCCGACCCGCCUGCUGGUGGUACGCCGCCUGUAGAAUCCCCUGGUCCUCGCAGCUUCGCAGAUCUGCUCAGCUCUAACUCAGUCGCCGUGGUAGAUGCACGGCCGCUGAAUGGCUCCCAAGAAUCUUUGCACGAUGGUUUGCUUGGGUGCCCCUCGCAGGUCACUCCCCUCACACAGGAGCAGCUUGUCCAGGCCUUCACGCUGCUUCUCAAGAAAGAUGACUUUGUAAGGCAACUGCAUGAGGCUUAUGUACAGGCAUUAAACCAAUCCCUCAAGGGCUUCUUGUAGGUGUCUGGAGAGUGUGAACCAGUGCAUGCCAGUUGGUUCUGUUGUCUGCUAUCGCAUCCUCAUGUAUUAAUGCAUUCAUCACUCGGAGUGCUGUGUAUAAAUGUAUGUUUAUCAGCUGAGAACAGAAAAUAAAGGUUAUAUUUUUAGCAAAGGUUUAAUAAAAUGUAUUCUGGAUUGAGUGAAGAUGAUAUUUCAACUUAUUCAUUUGCAUUGUAAGGCAAGUGUUGGUGAGAGUGUAUGUAUAUAUAGUAUGUACGGUAUAUUAUAUAUAUAUAUAUAUAUAUAUAUAUAUAUAUAUAUAUAUAUAUAUAUAUAUAUAUAUAUAUAUAUAUAUAUAUAUAUAUAUAUAUAUAUAUAUAUAUAUAUAUAAUGCAUACACACAUACACACACACCUAUGCGAUAUGUGAUAAUACCAUUGUGUUUAUAAAUCUAAGAAAAGUCAGGGCAUUGUUGGAGCAUCACUUGAGUGGAAUUUCUAUUUUUAUUAUUGUAACUUUUAUUUUCCGUAGCACAAACAUGAGUGUCGACUAGUGUAGGCGCUACCAAACUUCUGUCACUCAUCCCCGGUGACGGCUGAGAUAUAAGGCUUCAGGCGAGAGCACUGCUGUCCCGGGGAUGCAGUCACUGCGACCAGCUGCUGCAUCACCGCUAGGCUGGUGUUAGGACACGGGGCACAGGAGGAGUGGCACUGUGCCCUCCAUUGUGUCAUCUCUUUAGAGGGCAAUUCUUUUCCUCCUCCAUUUUGUGAUGCAGUUGUACCUCAUGGCAAGAAAUGAAUUAUGUAGUGAAGUAUGAUUUUCUGGCAGUGUUGCAGAACGCUGGAAGAGCUGUACCUGAGACUGGUAUGUUGAAUGAUGUAGCAGUUUAUUUCCUAUUUUUUUUAUCUAGCUACAGUUGGCUGCAAAUAUUCACCAUAGGCUGUAAUCUCCCAUGAGUCACGUCAGAGACAGCGUGUGUUUUAAUUCCAAAACCCAAAAUGUUACACUAUAAUGUGUAUUACCAAAUAUGAGAACAUUAAAUGUGAGACAUUAA